GAUGGGGGUGGGUCCUGGCGCCUGGUGCUCUCAGAGGACACUGCAGCCACAGGAGCGUGGUCGGGCAACAAGGUAUGGCCCGGAGCUUUGGCAUUGUUGGGGCAUUUGCACGAGACAUUCGGCAGGACUUUGGUCGGCUUCCGAAUCCUCGAGUUGGGCGCCGGGCUCCCGCUGCUCAGCGCCUCCUUGGCAGCCUUGGGCGCCGAGGUGUGUGCAACAGACCACCCAGACGUCAUCGACCAGGUGCAGGCAGCCGCAGACGGACUGAUUGAAGGCCUGACGUCUUUGGCCAAAGCCCGCCUUCAGUUUGCAGGCUACGCCUGGGGCGGGGCUUUUUCACAUCUUCUUCCGGACCGAUGUAAGUUCUCUGGCCCGAUCGACCUGGUUGUCGGUGCCGACCUGGUCUAUGAUGGCUUUCCAGUUGAUGCGCUCUACGAGAGCCUCUCCAAUCUCUUGGAGCAGAACGGCUGCUCUGCGACAUUGGCCCUCCAACCGCGACAGUUUCCAAUGACUGCGGCGCUGAGGGAGCCGCGUCUCAUCGCGGGCUUCCUGAAGCGGUUUCUGCAGGAAAGAACCUGGGAGGUCAAGACCAAGUCAGUUGGUGCCCAGGACCUCGGAAUUCCCGAGCAGAGUCUGCUGCCUGACGGAGAGCCAGCAUGGAAGGGGCUAACCUUGGCCACGAUCAUCCCACCCGGCUCCCGGGAUCCGCCGCUGCAGUCAACACCUGGUGAGGGCACGCUGCGGUACCAGCGUGAGGCACUUCCUUGA